UUGUCCCGUUCUUUCUUUCUUUCUUUCUUUCUUUCUUUCUUUCUUUCUUUUCUUUCUUUCUUUCUCACUGGUUUUCUGCUUAGUAUUUUUAUGUUUCUUCUACCUCGUCCCCCCUCUCUUUCUCUUUUCCCCAUUCCCUCUUUCUUUCACAUCUCUCUCUAUCUUUCUCUCACUCUCGCUAUCACUCUCUCUAUUUCUCAAGCUUUUUUUCUGUCUCUCUUUCCCUCUCUCACACACACACAUUAUCUUUUUCUCCCUCUCCCUCUCUCUUUCUCUCGCUCUAUUUAUCUUUCUCUUUAUCUCUCUUUCUUUCUAUCUCACACACACGCUAUCUCACUCUUUUUCUCUCCCUCUCCCUCUGUUCAUUCCUGUCUUUCUCUAUCUUUUCUCUCUCUGUUUCUCUCUUACACACACAUGCCUUCUCUCUCUUUCUCUCUCCCUAUCUCUAUUUCUCUCUAUAUAUUUAUUUUUCUCGUUCUCUCUCUUUUUCUUGACCUAUUUCUCUCUUACUUCCUCUCUCUUAAUUUCUAUCUCUUUCUCUCUCUCUGUAUUUAUUUUUCUCUCUCACACACACACUUUCUCUCUCUCUCUUUCUAUCUCUUUCUUUCUCUCACUCUCUAUUCCAUUUCUCUCUCUCCCACGCACACUCUCUAUUUGUCUCUUUCUCUCUCUUUUAUUCUCUUUUUUAUCUCUUUCAAUCUCUUCCUCUCUCUCCCUCUCUUCCUCUAUCUUUCUCUCUCUCUUUCUCUCUCUCUAUGGUACACCAACUAUAUCAGAAUUUUCUCGGCUGUGUCUUCAACCUUUAUAAUAUAUCUAUCUAUCUAUCUGUCCAUUAUAUCUCAUUCUGUCCAUUAUCUAUCUAUCUCAUUCUAUCUAUCAUAUCUGUUCUAUCUGUCUAUCUAUCUAUCUAUCUAUCUAUCUCAUUCUGUUCAUAUCUGUUCAUAUCUAUCUAUCUAUCUAUCUAUCUAUCUAAUUCUGUUCAUAUCUAUCUAUCUAUCUAUCUAUCUCAUUCUGUUCACAUCUAUCUAUCUAUCUAUCUAUCUAUCUAUCUAUCUAUCUCAUUCUGCCCACUAUCUAUCUAUCUAUCUAUCUAUCUAUCUAUCUAUCUAUCUCAUUCUGUUCAUAUCUAUCUAUCUAUCUAUCUAUCUAUCUAUCUAUUUAUCUAUCUAUCUAUGA